CAUCUCCGUCGACGACAUUUCAACCCAACUUCUCGAGGUCAAUCGGCACCGCGACCGCCUCAAUCCGCCAAGAUGUCGACCAUCACACGAACGCUGAGCAAUCUGCGAAAGAUUGGCCUCAAGAACUACAUUAUCCAGAUGGUGUACAUUGGCGACACCAAGGCUGGCCGGCUGGUAGGCGAAGAUCGUGCCGGAAACAAGUACUUUGAGAACAACGAAGAGCUGCCCCUCCGGACCCGCUGGGUAGAAUACAAGAAACACGACUACGACGCCGCCCAGAUCGAGCCGGGCUGGCACGCCUGGAUGUCCUACGGCGUCGACAAGUCCCCCACCGAGGACCCCCUCCUCCGAACAGGCGGCAACAAAUGGGAUCUCCCGAAGGCGACGCCCAAUUUCACCGCCACCAGCGGCAACUACAUAACUUAUAAUACCACCAAGCCGAAGUUGACGUCUUGGGAGCCCAAGGCCGUGGAGAGGCAGUGAGCCGAGAUGGAUCUCGGUGGGGAGGUCAGGUCAUGAGAGACGGGUUGGUUGGCGUGGCAUGAAAGUGUAUAUAACUGUUUCACUUGCCUUUCAAAAUAUCCCGUUGCCUUCGCAUGGAUAGGAUCCGGACAGUCGUGUUCGUCCAAGGGCACCCGGUAUCUCGAUGGAGACAAACUCUCCUCGCUCCUCGGCCGCCGAGAUAACUGUCGCGGGACGUCCCAUAGGCGCAUUCUUCGGUCGCAAGACAGAGAGACGGGUAUCGUCAAGUUUGUUACGUUUCGGGGGCCCGGGGGGGGGGUCGAUAGGGUAGUAUCGGGC